AACCGAUAAUGUUAAAGUAACUGUUCUGUGGAGUGAAUGCGCACAUUUUGAUCUGUCAACGUCAAAGUUUCAGCUGAUUUGUACAGAAUGUCAUGAUUUACAACAAAUCUUCGAAAGUUCAAUUGAUAUUGGAAUAGGUUUUGCAAUGUCAGUAAAUCCCGAUACUCGUCCUGAACUUUAUGAAGAAGUUAAACUACAUCAAAACACCAGAGAAAGAGAAAAGUAUGAUAAUUUAGCAGACCUCUAUGCAGUGAUUAAUACUCUGCAACAGCUUGAAAAGGCAUAUAUCAGAGACUGUGUAACUCCAAAAGAGUAUACUGGGGCUUGUAGUAACUUAUUGCUGCAGUAUAAAGCAGCAUUUCGUCAAGUCAAAGGAAAUGAAUUUCCCACAGUUGAUGCCUUUGUCAAAAAAUUUAGGCUUGAUUGUCCAGCAGCAUUAGAAAGAAUUAAGGAAGAUAGACCUAUCACUAUAAAAGACGACAAAGGCAAUACCAGCAAAUGCAUUGCAGAUAUUGUGUCAUUAUUUAUAACGUUAAUGGAUAAAUUGAGGCUAGAAAUCAGGGCAAUGGAUGAUUUACAUCCGGAAUUAAGAGAUUUAGUUGACACUAUGAAUCGAUUGAGUAUCUUGCCAUCAGACUUUGAAGGCAAGCAAAAAGCUGCAGAAUGGUUGGCAACAUUGAACGAUAUGCAGGCUUCAGAUGAACUAUCUGAGGCGCAAGUGAGACAAUUAUUGUUUGACUUGGAAAGUUCAUAUAGUGCAUUCAAUAAAGUGCUUCAUAACGCACCUUAGAAAGAAUAGUAUAGAAAAAUUAAUUAUCGGUGGAUUAAACAAAUCAUCAUGUAUGUUUGGUAUUGUAAUUGCCAGUCUUUCCCUAAAAUAUCGUAUAUAAAGUAUGGUUUCUAGUUAA